AGGGCUCGUCGCUGUUGAAAUACUCAGGUUACAUUUCCUCCAGACUUUAAGAGCCCGGACUCCCCUCGGACUUUCUCCUUUUACCUCUCUGGACCGACGCCGGACACGUCCCGCCGACAUGAAGCUUCCAGCGGCGAUACUUGCGGUUCUUGCAUCGAUAGCUGUCACCAUUGACGCUACCGUGUACUUCAAGGAGCAGUUCGGGGAUGAAGAUGGAUGGAAGAGCCGGUGGGUCGAGUCGAAGCACAAGUCAGACUACGGCCAGUGGAAACUGAGCGCCGGGAAGUUCUACGGAGAUGCUGAGGCUGAUAAAGGUAUCCAGACCAGCCAGGAUGCCCGUUUUUACGCCCUGUCAGGCCGCUUUGAGCCCUUCAGCAACGAGGGAAAGCCCCUGGUCAUCCAGUUCACCAUCAAGCACGAGCAGAAGAUCGACUGUGGAGGCGGCUACGUCAAGAUCUUCCCCUCUGACCUGGACCAGAGCGCCAUGCACGGAGACUCGCAGUAUUACAUCAUGUUUGGGCCUGACAUCUGUGGGUACAGCACAAAGAAGGUUCACGUCAUCUUCAACUACAAGGGCCAGAACCACCUCAUCAAGAAAGACAUCAAAUGCAAAGAUGACGAGCUGACCCACCUUUACACACUGAUACUGAAUCCGGAUCAGACGUACGAGGUGAGGAUCGACGACGAGAAGGUGGAGUCCGGCUCCCUGGAGGAAGACUGGGACAUGCUGCCCGCGAAGACGAUCAAGGACCCAGAGGCCAAGAAACCCAGUGACUGGGACGACAGAGCCAAGAUCCCCGAUCCCAGUGACACGAAGCCCGAGGACUGGGACCAAGUCGAGACCAUCCCUGACCCUGACGCCAAGAAGCCUGACGACUGGGACGAGGACAUGGACGGAGAGUGGGAACCUCCUAUGAUCACCAACCCAGAGUACAAGGGUGAGUGGAAACCCAAGCAGAUUGACAACCCUGACUACAAGGGACCCUGGGUCCACCCUGAGAUCGACAACCCAGAGUACACUCAUGACGCCGCCAUGUACAAGUUUGAUAAGAUUGGCGUACUGGGCCUGGAUCUGUGGCAGGUUAAAUCUGGCACCAUCUUUGACAACCUCCUGAUCAGCGAUGACGUCAAAGAAGCAGAGGAGUUUGGAAAACAAACCUGGGGAGUUACUAAGGGACCAGAGAAGAAGAUGAAGGAGGAGCAGGACGACAUGGAGAGGAAACUGAGGGAAGAGGAGGAGAAGAGCAAGAAGGAUGCCAAGGGAGACGAGGAGGAAGAGGGAGACGAGGAGGAGGAAGAGGAGGAGGAGGAGGAGGGCGAGCACGACGAGGAGACUGACGAGGACGCCGGGACAGAAGAGGAUGUGAAUCAGAAGGACGAGUUGUAGGGGAAAUGACCCGUUUGACUGCCGUGUGCUCCUCUCUACAGUUCAAACUCACAGAAGACAGAAAGCCCUGUGGACUCUGGCCUUUCUUACAGCAGCCUUUUAUUCAGGUGUUGGGGUGGGGAGGGGGUGCAAGGUGGGGUCAGAUCAGAUUUAUUUUAUAUUGAUUCCCCCCCUUUUUUUUUCUUUUUUUUUUUUUAAGCCUUUAAAUUAGAGAUGGGAGAAGGGUUUACAUGUUGUUUAUUUCUUCUGUUCCUGUGUCGGCUUUGGUUGAGAAUUUUCUAAUUUAAUGUGAUUUAUUGAAUGUGGUCCGUUCCAUGGUGUGUGUGCAUCCUGCAGUUACUCACAGAGCCAGUUCCUUUUUUAUUGUCGGGAUGUCCAGGAAAUCAGCGGUCUGUGAUGUCUGAUUUAUGCACUUUUAUUUCUCCUGUGUGCUGUUUCUUUGUUUUGUUUUAAUUGCCCCUCCAUAAUUUAUUCAAUCAUUACAAUCAUUCUCUGAAAACAAGUUUCCAAAGCUCUGAUUUUGGACAUACGCCUUUUCUCCAGCUGUGUGUGCGAGCGUGUGUGUGUGUGUGUGUUUGAGAGUGAGACUGCAAUAGACAAACUGUGAUUUUUACAAUCCUUUUUUUCUCCUUGUUCUGAAUGAGUGACUGUCCCAUGGGCACAUGCUGUUUUUGAGUUUCACUGAAUAAAUUGAAGCUUCUCUCAACAA